CUCAUCAACCACCAUCAUCCUUCACGCGCAUACAAAAUGCCUCCCAACAAUGAUGACCCGCGCCGCGACGAAAAUCGCCCCGAAGACAAUCCCUUUAUCGCCUUCCGCCGCUUCGCAGACUCUCAAGCCUCCUCCCUGCUGAACACGGUAUUCACACUACCGGCGACUAUCGCGAACUUCAACAACGCACACCACGCCCGCGAACAGUGUCUGUUCGGCCGUGCGCACAAGGGACAAUGCAACAAACUGUUCAAGCUCGAAGAGGAGAUGGCAAAGCUGCGAUCCGAAGGGCGCGAGCUCUACCGGGUCGGCGACCUACAGGCGGUGCUGGAGAAGGGAGAAGAGCUUAUGCAGCUUGAUCGCCAGGCGGAUGCGCUCAGGAAGGAAAUAGUUGAAAGAGCCAGGAGGACCACGGGAGAGAAGGCGGACUCACGGAAGCACGCCGAGCUGGUGGAGAAGGUCGGCAACGAGAAAGGCCAGCAAUGGGGCUGGUCGUGGAGCUGGGGGUUUCCAAGGCCUUUCGACGAGGAGGACCACUCUUCGGAAGAAAGAUCGCAUCAUAGGCGGGUGUGUCGGCGAUGGCGCCGCAGGAACGAAGAGGAUGCGAAACAGGCGGAAGACGAGUGGCAGCAGAUCCACGCCAAGUGGGAGGAGAUCAAGAAGCGCAUGAACGAAGAGUUGCCUCGGAGCGAGGAAGGGGAGCCCAAAGUAUGGAGGUGGUCAUUCAACUGGCCGCCGCCAGCCGAUGCACCCAGUCAAACAGCCCCGGCAAACGAUCGAUCAGUCACAAUAUUCGACGAGCUCACAGACAUGAUAGCAGACGAGGUCAACCGCAUGAUGUUUCCCAGGUCCUUUACGUUCAACGAGCGCUCGUAUUCCCCGGCCGCUUUAGAAAAUAGCGAGGAUCUCAAGGGAGCCGGUGUACAGUGGAGAGACGCAUACGAGGACCUCGUCCGCGCCGAAAGAGGAGCACCGCUCAUUUCGCCAAAGGAGCUUGGCCAGUCAAGCAAUAUGAGUUACAGUCAGUGGGCGCGCCGCUUCUGGGACCCCAAGUUCGCACGCCCUGAGGGUGGUCCACGGCACAGUGGACCAGUGUAUCCGAAGAGAGUACCUUGGGAAGGCGAAGAGAUGAGUGAGGAGCCUAGUUAUGAGUACAGCCACGACCAUGAGGAUCAGCACGACGAACCUCCUUCUCCCAAGGUCGAGCAAGAGAAGUGGUCGGAGGGCAUGCCGGAGACAGAACUGGAUGCCUACGAGCGCUUGCUCGGUCCAGUGUCUGCGCCGGCAGAGUUUGCGAAGGAUGGCCGCUCCUCGAUCUUAUCUACUCUCACAACGACGGAGCGUACGGUAGCCCCUGACGGAACAGUAACGACCAAGGUCGUGCUAAAAAAGCGCUUCGCCGAUGGCCGAGAAGAAAGCUCAGAAACAUUGCACACGCAGCGCGGCCAAGAUGCCGAUAAGCAGCAACAAGACCCUUGGAAGGCUAUGCAGGAGGCACAGUUCCCGUCCGCGCCGAAGAAAGACGGCGAGAAGAAGAAAGGCUGGUUUUGGUCCAGCUGAGGAACGAUGUAUGUAUGAUCAUAUCGUUUGGCGUACGAGGAUUUCAUUGGGUUGGUAUCUAGGUGUGAUAGGUAUAUGCUCGUGGAAUACGUUGGAGUUCUGGGUCGCUCUCCCUCUUGCUCAUCUACUAGGUAGGCUUACAACUCCUCUCAAAUGAUGAUUGCUCUUCUCUCG